CCACUGAAAGAAACCCAUUCAAGCGUUAAUACCAUCUGCUUUCGCUUGCAGGAUUUUUAAAGGUUGCACUAUAUUGUUCCCGGAGGAGAGCCAUCACUCGUAAAGUAGGCCUAGUUGUAUAGAUCAAUCUUAAUACCUAAGAAUCUGUAUUUUUUAAGCUUGAUUUAAACCAAUAAGAAUGGCAUCAUCUCAUCCUAGCGAUGCAUUUGUUGCAUUGCCACCGGCAACAGUGGGUGGUGUUAUUGUGUUUGCCAAAAAUGCUGGUCAUACAAACGAAGCUGUACAGGAAGUCAUAUAUUGCCCAGCAGCUGAUCAUGUGACUAAGACAAAGUGCACCUACAUUGAAGUUGAUCAGCUGAGCCAUACCCACGCUGUCCUGUUGUGUAAAGUUCCUUGGAUGUGGGGUGCUGAUAUGGGAGCCAAUGAGAAAGGUGUUUGUAUAGGUAACAUACCUGUAGAUUCCAAGUCCCUAGGAGAUGCUGAUAAAGAAGGGAAACUGACUGGACCAGACCUUGUCAGGCUUGGAUUAGAGAGGGGUGACAGUGCCAAAGAUGCACUUGACAUUAUAACCAGUUUGAUCAAGACCUUUGGAACUGGUGGCUCCUGCUCUGAGGGACAAGAGUCUGUGUUUCAUAACAGCUUCAUGAUUGCUGACAGAAAAGAAGCCUGGGUUCUGGAGACUGCGGGCAAGGACUGGGUGGCUGAGCAGAUUACAGAGGGUGUAAGAAAUAUUUCAAACAGCUAUACUAUAUACACCAAAAGAGAUGAGGAAUCUGACAGUAUCAAAGAUAAAGGAAGUGAUUUUGAUUUUUGUGGAACAUUCCAAGCAGACACAUGCAGUGGUAGAUUUGCAGCAGCCAAAGAAUUGAUAGAGAAAGCAUCAGGGUCUUUAGAUGUCAAUGCGAUGAUGAACAUUUUGCGAGACCAGUCCAGUGGUGUUUGUCAAUCGGGACCAGAUCGCAUGACCGUUGGUAGCAUGGUCUCGAUUCUGACUCCAGAGGGCUCCAGUGCACCAUGCUUUCACUUGGUGACAGCGACACCUGACCCAAGCCUGUCUGUGUUCAAGCCGUUUGCCUUCACAGAAGACACCAGCUUUCCUGACUUCACAGUGUCCCCAUCAAAAACAGACCCCAAGCACAAACUGUACAAGUUACACGAAGCAGCAAGGGGCAGUUUGAAACAGCAAGACGGCCAAUCGAAAGAGCUGAAAGAUGUGAUGCUAGAUCUCGAGCAAAUGGCACUGGAAGGUAUAAAGGAGACCAUUCAAGGUCAACAGGUGAUGAGUUCGGAUUUGAAAUCUCUGUUUGAAGAUUGCGUGGAUUCUGAAAUGAAGUUUUAUGAUUAAUUGGUAUGGAGAAGGGGGAAAUAUCCUAAAUCACAGUUCACCCUCCAAUUUAAGACCUCCUUUGGAACCCCAAAAUGUGGAUUGGUCUCAGAGUGUCGGUCUGCAAUGAAAGGGUUAGCGUUGUGUUAAAAUAUUGAAGAUUGUUAUUUGGUACUUUAUAAAAGUAGUCUUGAAUUUAUAGAGGGUUUUGAAUUGGAGGGUGAACUUUAUGCUAUUCGAAUUUUGACUGUAAACAUUGUUCUUUCAAACAGUAUCUGGUACCAUAUGUCUGGUUUAAGAUGUUCUUGAUCAAACAAAUCAUAUGGCUGUUCUAGAUAAUGAUGCUUUACUAUAUCAGACACAUUAUUAAAAGUAAGUAUUAAGUUAUCUAAACAGUGGAUAAAAAAAAUAGCGUUUUUUGGAGACAUUUACGGUACAUGUUAUUUUUCUGCACAAGUUUUGAUGGACAUGGAAGGCACAGAAUAUAUUAAUAUAUAGUAGAGGCAUGGAUGGGUAUAAUAGACAUCAAACAGGAUCCUGCCUAAUGGCAUUCAGGAGUUUCAUCUGCAUAUUAAUCUCUGUCAAACAGGGACAACAUAUCUGAUGAUACUGCCAUUAACACUAAUUGCAUUGGCUGUAUGCUGCUAGCCUUAUGUACUAUACAGUAUCUACUUAUAUUCUGACUUAAAGAGCAUUAAUUAACCUACAUAAAUAUUUUUUGAACUACUCCACCUAUUAAAUUAUGAUUUAGGGAGCAUGGUAUAGUGGAGAAUUGCUGUAUAAUAUUGAUGAUUUCACUGAUAAUGAUAACAAUCAUUAUAAAUAUAAUAAUAAUAAUAAUAAAAAUAAUAAUAAUAUAACAGUAUGAUAAUAUUGAUGAAUAUCAUAGAACAUCAUUAAUAUAACAGUAAUAAGGAUAAAAAAAUAAUAAUACUAUAUAACAAAUGUGUCAAAUUAAUCAUGAUUAUUUCAAUACAGUAGUACUUAAACAAAUGGUAAUAAUAAAUUUAUAUUCAUAAUGAUGAAUAUCAUAAUAAAUAUUGCAACAGGCAUCUAUAAUACUUCUGGCUUGGUGGGAGUAAGUAGAAUGGAUAGAGCAGUGCAGUGUGCAAAAAAAAUAUAAAUUGGUAAAGUGAAGUAGGGUUGGGGCUUUACAUGACAGCUUUUCUUGGUUCUGCCAUUCCAUCCUCUAGUAUCAAGAGUAUUAAUAUUAUUAUCUCUCUCUUUUUUUUUUUUUUUUUUUUUUGGAAUUUUUAAUUUUUUCAAAUGAUAAUUUUAUGGUAUCAUUCAAUGUGCAUCCUAACAUUCCAUUCAUGACAUUAACCAAAUAUAAACCAAACAAAAACAAGGUGACCUUAUUGAUGCAAAUUUUGUGAAAUUAAGUGAAUGUGCUAUAAUGUAGCCCCACCCAUUAUUCAUUAAUGUUCUCCCCUUGUGUUUAUGUGCAGUUUCAUAUUGUAAAUUAAGUAGUGUACAGCAUAAGUAAAAGUUUUGAGAACGAACUUGAUUAAAUAAGCUAUAUUACUGUCAAUUUAACAGGGGAGUUCACCUUUAUUUAUUACAGAAAAUUAGACGUAAAUGGUAAUGAUUACUAUCAUGAGUGUGCCACCUGUAGAUGAGGUUGUUAAUUUGUGGUGCAGAAUAGGUAUAUUUAUGGUUUUUAUGGAUGAUAACCUAGAAAGAUUGUAAGAUUUAAAAAUGUAAGUGCCAUGAAGAGAAAUAUGUUGAAUAUGAUAGUUACUUUUACAUUAUCAUGUGUUUUGGUCCAUUGAGUCAAUUGACUACAAAAUAGAAUAUAGUGGACCUCUCUGUGAUUGCAGCAAUAUUUUGUUGAUCCAAAAUGCAAAACUGUUUUAGACAAUUUGUGUCAGGUUGGUGGCAAUUUAAAACUCAAAGUACUUAUAAAAAGCAUUCAAAUAUAUAUUAUAUAUUAUAUAGGUAAGUGUUGCAAUUAAGAAGUACUUAUAUUAAGUUAUACCUAGACUUAUUUAGACUUGUAAAAGAUGCACUUGUAUAUUCAUUUUAACUGGAACAAGGUUUUUUGACAUUGACAAAAAAGAUAAUUCAGACAUCCAUGAAUUAUAAGCCUACAAAAUGUACAUCCUCGUUUAAUGUUUGUACUGAAUUGCAUGUACAGUAAAGUAUAUAUUUUAUUUAUAUAUGUUUAUUUAUUUACAAUUUCACCUGCUAUUUAUUUUUAAUAUCUACUAAGUUUUUAUUUUCAAAUAACUAUAAAAAGAGGUGACAAUUCUCAAUGUUUCAAUUUUAUUGGGUUGAAACAUAGAAUCAUAUAAAAGAAUCUCCUUUUAGUUAAAUGUUUUUAUGUUAAAUUAUCAAUAAUGUUUAUCCCAUCUUAUAUUCGACACCACAACAGCUAACAAAAAUAUAUCAACACAUGCUACAGUAUAUUAAGUUUGUCUUAAAAACAAAGUGAUUAUAUGCUUUUACAAGUUAAUUUACAUAAUAAUGUUAAAGUAUUCUAUGUUAUAGUGCUAGAAUAAAAUUCCAAAGUACUGUAUGUAGUUAAAUUUCAAUGAACAAUGAAAUUCCUUUUCAGAUAUCUAAAUUUAUGUGUAGCAGUUCAUAUUGUAGACUUUUACCAGACAUUUUAUUGUGUCAUCAAUCAAUUUUUAAUAUUGAAGUCUCUUAAUAAAGUAAGUGGAGCAAAGGAUAUAUGACCUAAUACAUUAAUCAAGUCAAUGCCUUUUGGAGUACUUUUAGUGCAGGUUCAAUAUUCCAUGGUUUCCUGUUGCUAAACCAAUAUUAAUAAUAAUAAUACUAUUAUUAGUAUUGUCUUUAAGUAGCCUGUAAUUUUUGUAGUUUCAGAUUUAUAUUCAAUUUCAAUUUUAUUCGUCCAAUAUGGAAUUAGCAAUGAGUAUACAACUAAAUGGAAUAUACCAAAAAGUCUUGGGAUUGCUUUUCAAUUGGAAAAAAUUUAAAUGCAAGUCAUUAAAUACAAGUCAUUAUGACAUUUUGUCAGAUGUAUUUAUUUCAUGAUAUUGUAUUAUGUAUUUUAACUAUAUUCUGGAUGACAUGCUCAUUCCAGAGUCAACAACUGUAUGAAAUACAACAGUAAAAUAUAUAAAUUUAGUAAAUAUAUACAUUGGAUGUCAUGAAAAUCAUAAAUAUAAAAAUCAAUUUAUGAGAGAAUAAUGAUAAUGUAGGAGGAUCUUUGUAAUGUAGUUUGGUUGCAAUUGUAGAUGUCCCUACUGUAUGUUAGGGAGUUGGUUCCAUUUCACUGAUGCUAGAGCAAAACUGUGCUGUCCAAAAUCUAGGGUUGAUAUAGAAAUAUUUUUAAAAGGAAGAGUAUGAAAUGCUUAAUGUUUAUUAUGAAUGCAGCCCAGUGGAUACAACUUUACCCGUCCAAACUGUAUGGAGUCGUUAUUGGUUAGCCAUGGCCCAGGCCUAUAAUUAUAGUAAUUUAAGGCUGACCAACUGAUGACAAGGCUUGGGUAGUAGUACUGUAACAUCAUUUUGUUUUUGCCUAAUGAAAUUGUUGUUGGUUGAUGUAUCUACAAAUUAGAGGUAAAUAAAGUGUUAUUCAUGACCAAA